GCACUUUCCAAUUUUGCCAAAAAUCAACUGCGCUCAGAAUUUCUGAUUUCCUAACCCAACUCGCCCUGACCACCAUUAGAUUAUACAACCAUCUAUUGGGAGACUGUCAAGAUGUCGAAGAUCACAGUCGCUAAUGUCCGGACGCAAGUCGGAGAGCUCUUGGAGUACUCCAACGAGACCAAGAAGCGAAACUUCCUUGAGACCGUUGAGCUUCAGAUCGGCCUGAAGAACUAUGAUCCUCAGCGUGACAAGCGUUUCUCCGGCACCAUCCGCCUGCCCUCCAUUCCCCGACCCAACAUGUCUAUCUGCAUUCUCGGUGACCAGCACGAUAUCGAUCGUGCCAAGCACGGUGGUGUUGACGCCAUGUCCGCUGAUGACUUGAAGAAGCUCAACAAGAACAAGAAGCUCAUCAAGAAGCUUGCCCGCAAGUACGACGCCUUCGUCGCCUCCGAGGCCCUCAUCAAGCAGAUCCCCCGUCUCUUGGGUCCUGGCCUGUCCAAGGCCGGCAAGUUCCCCACUCCCGUCUCCCACGCCGACGACCUGACUGGCCGCAUCAACGAGGUCAAGUCCACCAUCAAGUUCCAGCUCAAGAAGGUUCUCUGCAUGGGUGUCGCCGUCGGCAACGUCGAGAUGACACAGGAGCAGCUUGUCGCCAACAUCAUGCUCGCCAUCAACUACCUCGUCUCUCUUCUCAAGAAGGGCUGGCAGAACGUUGGAAGCCUUACCAUCAAGGCUUCCAUGUCUCCCCCCAAGCGCCUGUACUAAGCGUGUUUCGUUAGCAUCUGCCUGAGAUGGCUCCGGCAAUCGUGUUCACUGAAAUGUGGACUGCAGCUUAGACUAGGAGGGCAGGAAAAAUAAACAUAAUAAGACAAAUAUGCUUUUCAAAACGUGAUUAACAAAUGAGCCCAUCCAAAACCUGGGAUAAACAUGUACAUUAGAGAUCAUGGAGAGUAUUUAGACUCCAAGU